AUUUUGUGAAACUUUACUUCCGGCUCACUGCGGUGGCAGAACACCUACACCAGGCCGCAGGAGGGCCCGCCCUGGGUCCAGGCGUGGCGGGCUCUGCCCGGGCCUUGGCCACCUCCCGGGAGCCGCUGCCGCGCAGGUGGUUGAUCAAGCAGGCAGCCAGGUGUCCUGGGGUUCUUCUUGGUGCAGGGCAGAAAGCGGACUAACCGCGGAAAGAGCUAAGCUGAAAACCAAAGCAGAGAAAGGGCGGACACCGACCCGCGGCGGCGCGGGAAGGCCCCCAGGGCCCAGCGCAAGGCGCGCAGAGGCUGCCGCUGGGCAGCGCAGCGCUCUCCGCCCCUCCUCGGCGAACUGGCUGGUGCAUCUGGGCUCUACGUGCACUGCGGCCGCGGCGGCUCCGAGUCCCCAGCCCAGCUGCCAAGCGCAGGAUGCAGUGCCUGGGUGCCGAGUACCUGGUUUCUGAAGAGAGAACUCCCAGGCAAAGAGAGUGGCGACCCCAGAUUUAUAGGAAAUGCACAGAUACAGCAUGGUUAUUCCUGUUCUUUUUCUUCUGGACCGGUUUGAUGUUCAUCAUGGGCUACUCGGCAGUGGCUGGAGCCGCAGAAAGACUCCUGUUGGGCUCUGACAGCUUUGGCAACGUGUGUGGCAAGAGGAACUCCCCAGUGGAAGGGGCCUCUCUUUCAGGGCAAGACAUGACCCUAAAAAAACACGUAUUCUUUAUGAAUUCCUGCAACCUGGAUAUCAAAGAUAGGAAGCUUGGUUCCACUGCCCUCUGUGUGUCCAGCUGUCCUGAAGAGCAGCUCAACACCUUGGAAGAGGUCCAGCUCUUUGCAAACACCACUGGGUCUUUCCUGUGCAUCUAUAGUUUGAAUUCCUUCAACUACACCCGGGAUCCAAAUGCAGAUUCACUGUGUCCUAGGCUACCAGUUCCUCCAAGCAAAUCUUUCCCGUUGUUUAACCGGUGCAUGCCUCAAACACCUGAGUGCUAUUCCCUGUUUGCAUCUGUUUUGAUAAAUGAUGUUGACACUCUCCAUCGAAUUCUAAGUGGAAUAAUGUCAGCAAGAGACACAAUCCUUGGCCUGUGUAUCCUCGCUUUAGCCUUGUCCUUGACCAUGAUGUUGGCCUUCCGAUUCAUCACCACUCUUCUGGUUCACAUUUUCAUUUCAUUGGUUAUUCUUGGAUUGCUGUUUGUCUGCGGUAUCUUAUGGUGGCUGUAUUAUGACUAUACCAACGACCUUAGCAUAGAAUUGGACACAGAAAAGGAAAAUAUGACGUGUGUGCUGGGGUUUGCUGUUGUAUCUACAGUCAUUACGGCAUUUCUGCUCGUCUUGAUUUUUGUCCUCAGAAAGAGAAUAAAAUUGACAGUUGAGAUUUUCCAAGUCGCCAAUAAAGUCAUCAGAAGCUCUCCUUUCCUGCUGUUCCAGCCACUAUGGACAUUCACCAUCCUCAUUUUCUUCUGGAUCUUCUGGGUGGCUGUGCUGCUGAGCUUGGGAACUGCCGGUGUGGCCCAGGUCAUCGAAGGUGGCCAAGUGGAAUACAAACCUCUUUCGGGCAUUCGAUAUAUGUGGUGGUACCAUUUAAUCGGCCUCAUCUGGACUAGUGAAUUCAUCCUUGCAUGCCAGCAAAUGACCAUAGCAGGGGCAGUGGUUACGUGCUAUUUCAACAGAAAUAAAAAUGACCCUCCUGACCAUCCAAUCCUUUCGUCUCUCUCCAUUCUUUUCUGCUACCAUCAGGGAACAGUGGUGAAAGGGUCAUUUUUAAUCACUGUGACGAGGAUUCCAAGAACCAUUCUCAUGUGCAUUUAUGACACCCUGAAAGCAAAGCAGCACAGUACUUGGUCGAGGGGCAUGUUGAGAUGCUGCUACUGCUGUUCCUUGUGUGUUGCCAGAUACCUGCGCCAUCUCAACCAGGUAAGAGCUGAUUGUCUCUGGGCCUGGCCUUUGGCUCAUGACUGCUACUGGGGCCAGAGUGCUCAGUGGACGUAUGAUCACAAAUUUAUCAUAACUCCUCAGAGCCCUGUGGGUAUUAUGGAGAAUGCUUAUACUGCAACUGCCAUUAAUGGGACAGAUUUUUGUACAUCAGCGAAAGAUGCACUCAAAAUCGCAUCCAAGAAUUCAAGUCAUUUUGCACCCAUUAACUACUUUGGAGACUUCAUGAUUUUUCUAGGAAAGGUGUUGGUGGUGUGUUUCACUGUUUUUGGAGGACUGAUGGCAUUUAACUAUAACCGUGUGCUCCAGGUGUGGACAAUCCCUCUGUUAUUGGUCACCUUUUUUGCCUACUUAGUUGCUCAUAGUUUUUUAUCUGUGUUUGAAACUGUGCUGGAUGCACUCUUCCUAUGUUUUGCUGUUGAUCUGGAAACAAAUGAUGGAUCCUCAGAAAAGCCCUACUUAAUGGACCAAGAUUUUUUGAGUUUUGUGAAAAGGAUCAACAGAGUUAACACUGCAAGGGGUCAGGGAGACAAGGACUCGGCAAGGACUGAAGAAGGAACAGAACUCAGGCCCAUUGGGAGAUAGCAGCCCAGCAGACAUUUGUACCUGGAGGAAGUGACCUUCAGAACUGGUUACUGACAAAAUAAAGUUAAGAUAGACCUUGUUCUUCCUCAUUAUUUUUGCUAUUGUUUUAUCACAUUACAAUACUGUAACCAUAAGUUAUAGUCUUUUUCAUACCAUCUAGGAUGGAAAAAAUGUUUUUAUAAUGCAUCAAUUUAAAAAACAGAAUACGGAGCUGGGGAUAUAGCUCAGUUGGUAGAGUGUUUGCCUCGCAAGCACAAGGCCCUGGGUUCAAUCCCCAGUACCGCAAAAAAUAAAUAAAUAAAUUGUUAUAAAUACGUGAAAUAAAUAAUUUAUAAAUAUGUGAACACCAUCUGAGUUUAUGAGGGCAUACCCAUAAAUAAAUCUCUUUAAAAACUGAAUGU